UUAUGGGGAAUCCUGGCUUGCCUGGUGAUGAUGGUCAGUCUGGUGCCCCGGGAGAGGACGGAAGACCUGGAUCACUUGGAAUGCCAGGUCCACGUGGAGCAAAAGGGAAUGAUGGUGUAAACGGAAUACCAGGUCGAAGUGGAAAGAGAGGUUCAGAGGGCUUGAAAGGCCCACCAGGAACGCCAGGAAUUCCGGGAUUGAUGGGAGGACCUGGUCCCUUAGGACCACAAGGUCCUGCGGGACAAAAAGGAGGACUUGGAGAUAAGGGAGGGAAAGGCGAAAUUGGAGACCUGGGAACCAAAGGAGCAGCUGGAGAAUUGGGUUCCAUCGGGUCUGAAGGCGAACCUGGUAAUGAAGGACGUCCUGGAGCUGUAGGUUUAAGAGGUACACCAGGCAAUCCAGGCCGUCCAGGUCCUCAUGGAAGAGAGGGUCCUGCAGGUAGACCAGGAAAAGAUGGUAGACCAGGCAUUCCUGGCACAAAGGGUGCCCAGGGACCUCCUGGACGAGCAGGAAAACCUGGACUGCCAGGGCUUCAGGGUAUAUUUGGAACAAGUGGCGAGAAUGGUUUAUCAGGCAAACAAGGACAGAUGGGACAAAUUGGACCACCUGGAGAACCUGGACCAAAGGGACACCAAGGAAGGGAGGGAAUACCCGGUUUCGCAGGACGUCCCGGAUCGCCAGGAGCAGAUGGAGAAGUGGGAGAUCGUGGGACUGAUGGUAUACCCGGCGCACUUGGUGAGCCUGGAUUUCUGGGAUUUCCUGGGCCAGCCGGGGACGAAGGAUCCCCUGGUAUCGAUGGACAACCUGGGAUCCGUGGACAAGACGGUGAGCCGGGACAAGAUGGAGAGCCUGGAGAAAAAGGAGACGAAGGGGAAAGUGGAAGACUUGGGAAGCCUGGGCAGCAAGGAAUGAUUGGUUUUAUGGGAGAGUCUGGGGAGAAAGGGGAAAGAGGAGUUCAAGGAGAGACGGGAGAUAUUGGCGCGAAUGGAAGCACGGGACCGAUAGGAUUACCUGGAGCGGAGGGAAUACAUGGAGAGGCCGGCGACGAGGGAGACAGUGGAUUAGAGGGAGAGACGGGUGAUCCAGGAUUUCCAGGUUCCCUAGGAAUGCCUGGUCCGCCUGGAGAGGAAGGUGCAGUAGGCGAACCAGGGCGUAAUGCUAGUAUUGGACCACUGGGACCAAAGGGAGUUAUGGGACCUCAAGGACCACCUGGGCCACAAGGCUUCACUGGAGCCGAGGGGGUUGUCGGACCUCAAGGAGAACAUGGAAGUCCUGUAAGUACAAAUAUCCUAAGUACUAUUUCACCCUAGGGACCCCCCGGACCACCUGGCCCACCAGGAGAACAGGGACUUCCUGGAAAAAUACCUCUUGGUUGGACGCACUCACAUCAGACCCAACAAAAUAAAGGUCCAGGAUUUAGACUGUACUCAACACAAGAGGAACAUGCUGGUACUACAGAAUAUUAUCUUAGGGGUCUCAGCAGUGUUAUUUAUUUCUAUAAAUCACAAAAUGGCACCAGGACACAUCCUGCGCGAUCUUGUAGGGAACUCAACCUUGAACAUCCUGAUUAUCCCAGUGGUGAGUACUGGAUAGAUCCCAACGAAGGAUGCUCCAGUGAUGCAGAAUAUGUUUACUGCGACUUUGAACGAGGAGCUUCCUGUGUUUAUCCAAAGAACAAACAGAUUACAGCCCCGGAUGCAAAACCAUUCCAGUGGAUAAGCGAAGCAACUAGCGACUUAGAACUUAUGGGUUACAGCAUGGUUCCGGUCCAAAUGAGAUUCUUGAGACUUCUAAGCAGGCGUGUGUCGCAGAAUAUUACCUAUCUUUGUUAUAACUCACGCGCCUGGGACGAUGACGGAGGUCGAACAAUUAAGCUGCAAGGUGUAAAUGAAAUGGAGCUUACGGGUAAUGACCGAAUUAAGCCUGUUGUCCUAAAGAAUGGAUGCAAGGAACUAAACGAUGAGUGGCAUGAGACAAUUUUAGAGAUCAACACAGUUGAUAAGGAGGCGCUACCAAUCAUUGACAUGGCUCCAUUUGACAUAGCCAAUUCUGAAAAGAAGAAAGAGUUUUUACUAGAGCUUAGCCCUGUUUGUUUUUAUCACUGAUUCUGCAGUUAUAGAACUGGAAAAUAGACUCUUCGUUUUGGCAGAGCUUGUUCAAGACGCACAGGGUCCUGAAA